CCCGCCUCUUUUUCUCCUUCUAAAAUCCUAUUCCAAAUUAAGAACCCUAAAAUAGACUAAACACAUUUUCGAUCAUUCCUCUUCGAUCAACCCAAUCAAUCGAACAUACCAACACCUUAUCUCCUACUAAUACUCUCCUCUUCCUAAUAAUUCUCCAAAUUUGAUUUCUCUCUUCCUCCCUUAAAUCCCCCAAAUAAGUGAUAUCUUGUAAUCUUAUUCCUCCCUAAAAUCGGCGUACGUUAUAUAAUUGGAGCAAUUUUUCUUAAUGCAUCAGAUUAGCGUAUAGUUAGAGCUAUUUUUCUUCUUUUGCAUCGUAGUUCUAACCAAGAACAGUCAAUCUCGUCUUCUUCUUCUCGUCAAAUAGGUAUUCUUCAUCUCAUAUUUCUGGCAUUAGUGCUCUUUGUUUGGCGUCAUUCUUUUGUUACUGGUUCCACGUUUGUGUUCCCAACAUAAGGCCCGCUUGCAAUCGGAUCUAACCCGACUGGACCCAGCGUCUGCAUCUCAACGGCCAAACCUGCAGUUAUCGUAAUCGCUGCACCAACAAAAUGGCAGCAGGAUCUGAUUCUAAUUCUGCACCCCCUCCGCCAACAGCUUCUCGUCCACUGCUAAGGACGGCAUGAUGGUGGAGGAGUGCGAGACUAUGAUCCAAAGAAGCCUUAGAACUCCAUCAGUGAAGUUUUUAUGGGAGCAUUUGGAGAAAAGUGGAUGUAAUAUCGAGUUCAAGUCCAUCGAUUUAUUUGUUGGUGUUGCUUCAAUCUUAGGUCAGAGAAUUGAAGUGGAUCUAACUGAAGAGAUCGAAAACGAAGGUGGCAUAUGGGUUUUGGAGCAGAAGAUUGAUCAGCCAAUGGAUGAAGAGGCUGGUAGGCUCAAGAAUAUGUACAGAGAAAAGGUAACUUUAUGCCACUUUCUUUUUCUCAAUGCUUUUUUUUUUUGGAAAUGUUGCAAGCUUUGCACCCCAACGAGCACCAUCAGACCACAUUAGUUCUCCCCUUAUUAAGUGUGUGGCUUGAAAUGCUUAUUCCCCAUGGUGCCAAGAUGAUAAAGAUGGUCAUUAUGUGUUUGCACUUGGAGAUAAUCUAACUUCUCGAUGUAACUACCCUUCACCACCAUCAAAGAAACUUCAUUUUCUUGAUUGCAUUGUUGCUACUAAUAGAAUAGAAAUCAAUAGGAAACAGUGAGGUGAGGAGAUAUAAGGAAAAAAUGGAAGAACGUGAAGGAGGGAAGAAGACCUCUUCACCCGUGCUCCUCUUACAAGUAAAGAAAAGAAGAAGCUAAAACAGAUGCGCAACUCAGGAAAUCGGCUGGCAGGUCUAGCUGAUGGUUUCUAUGAUGAUAUUAAAUCCUUGGACUUACCUUUAGAAGAAGGUGAUGGUCAAACAUCCUUCAUCAUGGAUUUAGAUGCUGGAGAAAGGAAGUUGAAGAAGAGGCACAAGGUAUAAUUUUUUUUUUACCACUUCAUUGUUUUACUUCAUUUUCUGUUAUUUGUUUCUUAAUUAUUUUUUAAUCUCUUCUCUUCUGUUGUUGUGUUGUCAAUAGAGACGACAUUAGGGAUGGAUGGAUGGAUUGGUGAUAGAAACUCUUAAUAUCAUAAUUGUCCUACAAUCACACAACCUUUACUUUAACCUUUAUGCUAUGAGGAUCAAUCUAUGUGUUUUCUAUAGUUUCUUGUAUUUCUUCAAACUUUUUUCAUUUUAUCAAUUUUGUUUUGAUGCUUUCUUUUGUAUGGGGUUUCUACUUCCCUAUUUUUUGCACAUAAGCCCCUCCUCCAUCGAAUGUUCGUUGCAUUAUCAAGAUUUAAAUCCUUCCAACAUUUGAAAAAUAGCUACUUUCAUAGUUUUUUGUGAUUUGUUGGGUGGGUUAUUUUAUAAGGAUUUAUUUGCAAACUCAUAUGAUUUUUUCUGACACUUUUGAAAAAAGUUACCUACAUUUUUUGGGUUUACUAUUUUCUUAUUUUCCUUUAUUUUUAUCUUCUGAUUUUAGUUAUACUCAUGUCUAAUCGGUUCUUUGUAUGCAUUUUAUGGUAGUAGAUUCGAGGUUUAGCAUGGUCUGCAGUUCUUGUUGGAUGGGUUGCUCAGAGUGCAAGAUUCAUGGGGACCUUUAAAAGCUCUAGUAGUUGCAAGUGUCAUCAAUGGUGUUGGUGAUGUAAUCCUCUGCUUAUACUUAAGCUAUGGUAUUGCUGGAGCAACAUGGGCAACAAUGGUUUCACAGGUUGUUGCAGGAUUGAUGAUGAUUGAAGCUCUAAAAGACAAAGGGUAUAAUGGGUACGUCAUUGUUGUCCCUUCACCUACUGAACUUUUUCAAAUAUUCAAACUUACUAGUCCUGUCUUUAUAAUGAUGAUGUCAAAGGUCAAAUUUUGUUCUUUACUUAUGUACAUUGCUACAUCAAUGGGAACACAAACUGUUGUUGAACAUCAGGUCCUUGUCCAAGUAUACUGCAUGUUUGCAAUAGGGGUGAGCAACGUUCACAAACUGCACAAUCAUUUAUGCCAAAGCUUAUUUAUGGCGCUAAAAGAAGUCUCUCAAAGGUGCAUCAUCUGGGUUAAUAUUAGGUGCUGCAGGAACAAUUGUUCCCUGGUUAUUCUCCUAGAUUUUUUUCACCUGAUCAUGAAGGAGAUGCACAAAGUUCUACUUCCAUACUUCAUUGCUUUGUCUGUGACAACAAGUACUCAAUUGAGGAAGUAGCUGAUCGGUGCCAUUCCCCUGAAGAUGUAUGUAUUUAUUUAUGUUGUCUUCAACAUUUAUAUUUUGUUAAUCCCAUUUUGGCUCUGUUUUUUUUAAUUAAGUUUUGUUAAAAAAUAUAUAUAUUAUAAAAUGAAAAUGCACUUGAAAAAUGAAAACAACAAAUAAAUGAACACAAAUUUGUAAAAAAUUAGGACUUAAUGGUACUUUCUUUAUUAAUAUCAACUAUUUGACAUGGCUGCUAAUGGUCGAGCUAUACUUGUAAAAGGUGAUUGUGGUUUGCCUCGAAGUGUCAAAGUUUUUUUUGGGGAGUGUAAUGUUGAUGGCUUGUACGGGUAAUCGUGUAAUAGAUUUUUCUUUCUCCUUUUCCUCAUUGAGAUUUUUUCAAAGAUAGAUUCUCAUUUUAAUGAAAUAAGAACAAAUAACGACAUAUUGUAUAAACCUUGAUGAAAUUUAUUUAAUGGUGUGUUUGUAUGUCAAGGUGAUGAUAAUACUAUUGCAUAAGAUAGAUUCUCUCUCUCUCUCUCUCUCUCUCUCUCUCUCUCUCUCUCUCUUCUGUGAACAGAACCUAUUACAAUGGAUGCUGGUGAAAGAUACAAAUUAUGAUGUAAAGUAUAUGAAAGAUACAAAUUAUGAGGUUAGUCCCAUGUGACUUUUAUGAUGCAAAGUAUAUAACAGAUACAAACUAUGGUAACUUGUUUUUGUCUAUUCAGGAGACUAACUAUGUUCCAAUUAAACAUAGGAGUCAUGUUGUACUUAUGAUUAAUGGGUAUGCAAUGUAAUAACUCUUUCUUAGUUGCUUCUUGCCCUUUGAUAAGUGGCAUCUUACCCUAGCCAAUGUUAAGAUUUUAAGGAAAGUCAGAACUCAGAAGCUAUCUAUAUGCAUAUUCUUUUAUCUUUUUCAAAGUAAAUAAUAUUGCUAAUUAUGUAUUUCUUUUUGACAAAUUGGAUUUAUGAUUUGGAAAUUGUAACUCUCAGAUUAAGGGGGACACCUUUAAUGGAACUGAUGAUUGCUGCUGGAAACGAUGUUCCUAUUUUACAGUUGGAACAUGGAGUAGCUUUUGUUAGAGUGUAUACAGGGUCAUUCAUGACUCUAGCAAGUUUUUUAAGUUCAUUUUGUUUUUUGAUGCAAAAAAGUGGCUAAUAUAUUUGUGUUGUGUUGUGGUGUAGGGUUUUCAAUAGCUAUAAUGAAGGCAGAGCAAGCAAUUUUAGGAAAUGUUUCAGAGCUUCUUCAGGCAGCUUAAUGAUGAGUUACUGAAACAAGAAGGUUCCCCUUUAUAGCAAUGUAGUAUUAGGUUAUAUAGUUAGGGAAAACCUCUUAAUAACAACGUACAAUUAGAUCCCCUUAAUAUCAAUGUAUUACAAUUUUAUGACAUGAUGUUAUUGAAUGAAAUUGAUUGUGCAA